CAGAAUAGGAAGUGCUUAAAAACCUUGAGAAAGAGAAGAAGAGAGAAAGAAGGGGAGGACGCCAUUGAAGCACCCUUCUGAUGAGCAGCAGUGAACUCUUCGCUCGAUGCGAGGAUUUAGGCGAGAGAUUUUAGAGAGAGAGAGAGAGAGAGGGAGAAUUUAGGAGAGAGAAGGAGAAGACGAGGGGCAUGAAUGAAUGAAUGAUGAUGGAGGCCUGCUGCUCCCUGCACACUAAUUUUGUUGUUGGGAAAAAUCGUCGUCCCUUCAUCUUCUUCUCUGAUAGAAAUCCACCGCAGUUUCAUGGCGGCAGCGGCCACAGUAGCACCUUGCUGCUGCUUCCCCAGAGACCACUCCUCAAUAGAAGAGCUUCCCACUCUUGUUUGGGUCACACAGACAUACUGAGACUGCGUGCUGCUGGAGGAGCAUUGAGAGUUCGAGCAUUGAACACGAACAUUGGAGCAGGUAGCUACGAAGGAGACAAAGGAAAUGGCAUCCAAAAGACUAAUCUUGAUGGUUCUCUCUCUGGUGAUUUAUCAGAAUCCAGGAAGCCUCAAGGAAAACUGCCAUUUUCUCUUUCUCUGGUUGGUGUGCUGGCUCUGUCUACUCUAGCUGUAGUGGUUGUCUCUUUUAUCAAGGGAGGCCCUUCUUCAGUGUUGGCUGCCAUUUCAAAAUCGGGUGUCCCUGCUGCAUUCUCAUUAAUAUUUGUUUCUGAAAUUGGAGACAAAACGUUCUUCAUUGCUGCCUUGUUGGCCAUGCAAUAUGGCAAAGGACCGGUUCUACUGGGAUCAAUGGGUGCUCUUUCACUUAUGACGAUCCUUUCUGUUGUAAUAGGGAGAAUAUUCCAUUCUGUACCGGCGCAAUUUCAAACAACCCUGCCAAUAGGUGAAUAUGCUGCUGUAGCUCUUCUUCUGUUCUUUGGAUUCAAGUCAAUAAAGAAUGCUUGGGACAUUCCGUCAGAAGUGGCGAAGAGUGGUAAGGAUGGCCCUGAACUUGGCGAAUAUGUCGAGGCCGAGGAGUUGGUGAAGGAAAAGGUAGCAAAGAAGCUGGCAACAACACCAAUUGAAAUCAUCUGGAAGUCUUUCAGUCUUGUAUUUUUUGCUGAGUGGGGUGAUCGAUCUAUGCUAGCCACUAUUGCUCUAGGUGCAGCACAGUCGCCCUGGGGUGUCGCUAGUGGAGCCAUUGCCGGUCAUCUAGUUGCUACAUCACUUGCAAUUGUUGGGGGAGCGUUUCUCACUAACUAUAUUUCAGAAAAAUUGGUUGGCUACUUGGGAGGAGGAUUAUUUCUUUUGUUUGCAAUUGCCACACUGCUUGGUGUUUUCUGACCGAGGCCGAAGGCGAUCAUAUUUGUUUGCAUGAGAUCAAUAGAAAACACCCAAGAGCCUGCACGUUAGAACUUAUAGCGAGAGAUGUUAGUUCUCUUUGGUUAACACCGGCUUUCUGGCAAUCACUUUAUGUAAGAAAAUGGCAAUUGAAGUUGUCCAAUUUUGUAUGGUAUCUGGAUAUCAAGUUUCUCUCAAUUCAAUUAUUUGUGUUUUCCUAUUGA